AACCACCCAUUAUAAACAAAAUAGCAUCCGGUUUUUCCUCUCCAAGCCUCCAUCUUUAAUCUAUAUAAGCACCAGAUUAUGUUCAAAGUCAGUAACUUCACAGUACACAGUAAAGGAUAACUUAAUAUGUGUGCAAAUCGUGGAGCUUUGGUUGUUGCAACCACUGUUGGAGUAGUGGAGACGUUGAAGGAUCAAGGGUAUUGCAGAAUGAACAACACAAUGAAAUCUAUGGCUCAACAUGCCAAGAACCAAAUAGGCUCAGCAACUCAGGCCAAGAAACUGGAUUUUCCUUAUUCUUCUUCUUCAUCUUCUUCAGCAAUUUCAAAUAAGCUGAGAGAUGAGAAGAGAAGGAACGCAGAGGAGUCUCUAAGAACAGUCAUGUAUUUGAGUACUUGGGGUCCCAAUUCUUAGACUUAGAACAAUUAUGAUUAAUAUUAGCAUAAUAAUAUUGUCAUAAAGAUAUGAUAUAUGCCACUGAUUAGCCACGUAAUUCUAUAAAUUAUAGCAAUGUUGAUGA